AUGAGUGCAAAGCCUGAAGUCCCCGAUGCAUGGGAUGUGGACUGGGAGUCCCAAGCUGAUAAACUCGGGGACCAGCCUACCCCGCCGCCUGAGAAGAAAGUCUCCUCCAAAGUCUCCAAAGCCCAGCGCAGAGCUCAGCAGGCGGAGUUUAACCGGCAAUUAUGGGCGGAAGCUGAAUCCCCGCAGACAUUCCACUAUGUCGAAGCUCGAUCCGACGUACCCCUCAAACAAGACUUUAAACCGGCUGUCACACUCCUUAGUCGCCGGCCUCAAAUUGCCUCUCGGCAGUCAUCGUCUUCCGGUGGGAUAGAUGGGGCGACUGCUGGCAUCGGACAACUGGGCCUGGAUGAUGAGGGCGACUCAGAUGAGGACUCCAACAAGCCUCGUCAACCAACCUUCGAGGAACGGCAAGCGAUAGCUCUCAAAAACCGUGAGGAGAGGCAGCGGAAAUAUGAAGAGGCGCGAGAAAGGCUGUUUGGUAGCCCUUCUGCAACAACUUCGGGCAACUCGUCUCCAGGAAGUACAACUCCCCCUCGCCAAAACCAGCCUGGUGAGGGACGAGGAAAAGGAAAGGGCCGAAGCGGCCAGCGGGAUUACAAAGAGAAGAGAGAUUCCUCCACUGCCUCGAACAAGUCGAGACAGCAGCUCUACGAUCCAACAAGUCCAAACAGAUUGAACGGAUCGACCAUACAGAGGCGAGAUCGUCCUCAGGGGGACCGAAAUGACACCGACAAGCAGAAUGCUCCUCAGCAGCCAUUGCGAAACCCUCGAGGUCCUGAUGGAAGUGGAAGGGGCGGCUUUGGAUUUGGUACCAGGGGCGCUCGUGGGGGCUAA